AUCCACCACAGUAAUCAAAGCUUUUCUAGAAUAAUAUUUAUAAAACUCGUUGUAUGGAAUUAAUGCAGAAUUGAUUCUAUCCCAUCUCCAUGUCAUCCCCAUUACGAGCCUCUCUAAUCACUCUGCGUACCGGAUUCAUCAACUCCACCAAACCACGAAUACACAUAUCAGCAGCCACCAUGGGUCAACGACUAUUCUCCCAGCUUCAAACACAAUCACCACAGACACAGACACAGACACAGACAACACCAAGUCCCGUCAGCAGCAACUAUAAAGUAGAGCCCUUACCGAAGAACCUGAUACCCAGUCUUGGACAAUCAAAGCAACAGAUCCUAUGGCUCGGAUGUUCAGAUAGCGGAUACGAAGAGACAACGACAUUGAACAACCUUCUUCAAGACGAGAUGAUUGUGGUGCGGAACUGGGGCAAUAUGGCUCUGAGCACUGAUUUGGCCUGGGCGAGUGCUGUGCAGCAUGCAGUGGAUGUUUUGGAAGUGAAGCAUAUUAUCGUCUGCGGACACUAUGGAUGCGGGAUCGUCAAGUCGGACCCAGUUACCAACGCAUCCUAUCCUUGGCAGAAGAAAAUAAGCAAUCUACUUUCAACCCAUCAACAUGAACUCGAGUCCCUGGCAGACAAUGACCGAAACCGACAUUUGGUGGAAUUGAAUGUCAUCAAGCAGAUGGAAAGCGUCAGAGACUUACUGGAUGUAGUCAGUCCGGGGAAGAACCGACGGGUCAAUGUUCAUGGGUUCAUAUAUGAUCGCAAGGGGCACAGUACAGACAGGAUUGUCUUGAACUGAUUGGUACUUAGCCCCGGUGUCGUGGAGACUGUCGAAGUCGUGGAGUGGAAGUCGAAUACCCGGAGUUGCAUAUUAUCCCCUGUACAUACUUAAUUGACUACAAUGUUGAACUCUACUUCUUUUGC